AUGGCGGCCAUGGUGUGGUUUGUUCCCUCCAUGGCGAGAUUUUUCAAUAGCAGUCUGAAGGACGUCGCCAUCGCCAUCAUCAUCACCAUCAUCAUCAUCAUCAUCAUCAUCAUCAUCAUCAUCACCGUCAUCACCGUCACUACCAUCAUCACCAUCAUCGCCAUCAUCGCCAUCAUCAUCGCCAUCGUCAUCGCCAUCAUCAUCGUGGUCAAUGUUGAACAACUCUGUGCUGCUGGUCCUUAUUAG